GGGCACAGCGCCUCCCCACCUGUCUAUAAAGGUGGCGCCGGCGCGGCCGCAGCAGCCGCUGCAGCACCAUGAACGCCGCCCGCUGCCUGGUGCUGGCGCUGGCCCUCGCGCUGCUCUGCCGCCCCGCGGCCCCGUGGUACCGCCAGGCGGCCAGGCCCACCUACUACUCGGUGGGCAGAGCCUCGGGGCUGCUCUCCAGCCUCCGCCGCUCGCCCUACACCCGCCGCUCCGGCACAGACAGCACCGCCGAGCGCGGCCCCAGCGCGCGGCCGCUCGCCGCGGUGCCGUGUGUGACGGAUGUGUCCCCUGAGCUGCAUGGCUGCCAGCUGCUGCCCGGCGCACCGGGCUCCCUGCAGUGCAAGGCCAACGUGACCAUGUCCCUGGACCCCCAAGAGUGCACGGGGGCGUGACUGGCACCGACCCAUCCUGGCAGCGCCGCCGCAUCAACAAUAAACACGUUUGGGCU